AUGGCGACCGUCAAGACCCCAAUUGCCUCGCCGGUCGCCUCCGCCAAGAUCCCUCCCCCAGCGGAGCUCACGGCUGCCGAGCAAACCAAAUAUGAUUGGCUCCUCGCCCAGGUGAAAGCCUGGACGGAGAUCAAGGUCGAAUCCGCGACGGCAAAGAACAAGGGCGGACCCAUCACGGACGAUGAGCGGAUGUGGCUGACGCGGGAGUGCCUGAUUCGAUACCUCCGCGCUACGAAGUGGGAGGAGAAGGAAUCCGAGAAGAGGUUGCACGAUACUCUAGCUUGGAGGAGGGAGUUUGGUGCCGACGACCUUACGGCCAAUUACAUCUCGCCGGAGAACGAAACCGGGAAGCAAACGUUAUUGGGUUACGAUAUGGAGGGAAGACCGUGCCAUUACCUCAGCCCAGGAAGGCAGAAUACAGAGCCCUCGCAUAGGCAGGUGGAGCAUCUUGUCUACAUGGUGGAGAGAGUCAUUGAUAUCAUGCCCGCCGGCCAGGAGAUGCUGUGUUUGAUGAUCAACUUCAAGCAAAGCAAGACUCGGAAAUACACACACCCGUCCCUCAGCAUGGCGAGGGAGUGCCUCAAUAUUCUGCAGAUGCACUACCCUGAGAGGCUGGGCCGUGCUCUCAUCGUCAAUGUGCCGUGGGUUGUCUGGGGUUUCUUCAAGCUCAUCACACCCUUCAUCGAUCCCCGGACGCGAGAGAAGCUAAAGUUCAACGAGGACAUGACGCAAUUCGUACCCGCCGAGCAACUGUGGACCGAGUACCAGGCGCAAGGAAAGCUAGACUUUGACUACGACCACUCGGAGUACUGGCCAGCUUUGUCAAAGCUGUGCGACGAGAAGCGCAGGGAACGUAAGGAACGCUGGAUUGCUGGCGGAAAGCUUGUCGGAGAGUCGGAGAUUUAUCUUUGGGGAGGAGAAGGAUCUAGCAUUAGUGCUAGCACAGGCCAUGCCGUUGCUGCGGUGUCUGAAGGGAGUGAGAAGGCGGAGAUUGCUCCCGAGCAAUUGAAGAUGGAGAACCUUAAGAUCGAGGAGAAGGAGGUUGAGGCGGCCAAGGAAGAGAAUGCGCUACCUGCAGAAGUCAAGGUUGCCGCAUGA